AUGUGUCAUUGUAGUCCUGCAGUGACGGUGGAUAUUAUGAAAAGGGUGGAUAUUAUGAUAAGGAAAAAUGUGAAAAUACAGCCGUUGAUGAUCUUCCCACACCCAGCCUUGGUCAACCCCACCGUGUUCUUCAACAUCACUGCCCAUGGCGAGCCCUUGGGCCACGUCUCCUCUGAGCUGUUUGCAGACAGAGUUCCAAAGACAGCAGAAAACUUUCAUGCUCUGAGCACAGUGGAGAGAGGAUUUGGUUAUAAAGGUUUCUGCUUUCACAGAAUGAUUCCAGGAUUGAUGUGCCAGGGUGGUGACUUCACACACCACAAUGGCGGCAAGUCCAUUUAUGGGGAGAAAUUUAAUGAUGAGAAUACCAUUCUGAAGCGUAUGAGUCCUGGCAUUUUGUCCAUGGCAAAUGCUGGACCCAACACAGAUGGUUCCCAGUUUCCCAUCUGUACUGCCAAGACUCAGUGGCUGGACGGCAAGCAUGUGGAGUUCGGCCAGGAGAAAGACGGCAUGGGUGUUGUGGCAGCCAUGGAGCGCUGUGGGUCCAGCAAUGGCAAGACCAGCAAGAAGGUCACCAUGGUUGACUGCGGACAACUCUCAUAAUUUUGACUUGUGCUUUAUUUCAACCACCAGACCAUUUCCGCUGUAGCUCAGGAGAGCACCCCU